CGCACACGCCUGCGCCGGUCCGCCGAAGUGAAGCACGCCGCCUCGUCUUGUCUGUCUCCGGUGGCCAUCCAUCUUCCCUUCCUUCGUCGUUCUCUCCUCUCCUAGGCGGCCGGCCGCCGCAGAGUGGACUUCGAAUUGGCUCCUUCCUUUGCUGGGUACUACCAUGAAGAGGUUGGUGUCGACCGCCCUCGCCACGAGAGGGCUCCUGAGAUCUCGCGGAGCGCCGAGCACAACUGCUGUUAUGUCCCGACCAGCUUUCCAGCAGUUUAUGAACUAUUCGUCACCACAAGGUGGUGAUCCUAAUGCUAGCACAAACUCAACUGCAGCACGAAUAGCUGCUGAUCCUGAUACACAUCAAGAUUUUGAGCCAAAGAGCAGAAGUUCAGACAUGUCUUUGAAUGACAUUGUUGCUCAGGAUAUCAAGGAGAACCCAGUCUUGAUCUACAUGAAGGGUUUUCCUGAGUCUCCAAUGUGUGGCUUCAGCGCACUGGCAGUUAAGGUCCUCCAGCAAUAUGGCGUCCCUAUCUGUGGCAGAGACAUUCUUGGAGAUCUCAAGCUCAAAGAGAGUGUUAAAGCUCACACUAACUGGCCUACAUUUCCACAAAUAUUUAUCAAAGGAGAGUUUGUUGGGGGAUCUGACAUCAUAUUAAGCAUGCACCAGAAGGGUGAACUUAAGGAUCUUCUUGGGGAUAUUGCACAAAGAGCUGAACAAAAAGCAGAUGCUCAUGAUUCAUGAAGCAAUCCUACAGUAUGUUCUUUUACUGUGCUAUCUACUUAGCCACAAAAAUGUUACUUCUAUCUCAGAGUCUUUAGGCGACAUUGUGAACUGUCCUACACAUUGGACAUGGAUGAUCGGAUGUGUUCCCAGAAUCCUAGGCUAUAGGUGUUUUAUCUGGCAUUCUGGCAGAGGCAAAAUCAUGAAUGGAUACCCGUAUGCCGGGUUCUCUAUCAAAUGAAUAAGUGCCACUUUUAGCAGUGCCGUUCUUUGGUGCCUUGUAUAUGUACUACAUCCGUUCCAAAUUAUAAGACAUUUCGUUUUUUCUAGAUGCAUAGCCUCUGUUAUGCAUUUAGCUAUA